AUGAGCUUCCAAGAUACACAUGAAAAACCUCUCCGUACUUUCAUCGAAACUCGUGCAAGAACUCUUCAAAAUACAAUCGAAACAGCAGCACAAAACCGCGAUGCUAACAACGUCGUGGAACUAGAAAAGCAGAUCGAUCGUGAAUCCGAUCGUUUCGUUGAAGAUGUUACUGCACGUGUCAAUGGAAUACGAGACCAAAUCAAGGCACGACGGCCGACCGAUGAUCGAAGUCCAGACUAUGCAGAGCGAAUGAAUCAAUACAAACAAUAUGUAUCGCUGUCAUCAACCGGUAUUAAUCAAGUGACAACAUGGGUCAAUCGUAUAUUCAAAAAGAUCAUCGAUGUCAUCAAAAAUAUCGUUGAAUGGAUCAACGACAUGGCGCGAACAAUCAUCGGUAUUCUGGAAUUGAUUCGUAAUUCAUUUAAUGAAUUUAUUACUUCUUUUCUUAAAUAA